AUGCUAAGCAAACUACAAUCAUUUGGGACAAUCCUCAAACUGAUUAGCUCUGUGUCUUUACUAUUUCACCAGUUUGACCUCUUAGGCAAGGACGAAACAAACGUCAACGCGGCUCGGGUAACCCGGAUCAUUACAUCAAGGAAUUCUGAUAGCAAAAGUGAAGAAAGCAGCAAAAGUAGCAACAGCAACAAGAGGAGGUCACUUGCAACAAACAAAGAUGGGGUCAUGGAAGAAGUUUGUAAUAAUGAAUUAUUACAUGGUCAAGGAGGUAAGAGCAAUGGGUGUAAUGGGCCUCACAUUGAACCCACCCCUCUCAAGAGUAAUCUCAAGAAAGCCACAGCAGUGGAGACAAAUCAACAGAGGACAGAAACAAGGAAAGUCAGUUGGCCUGAUGCUCAUGGCAAAGAUAUUGCUCAUGUUCAAGUGUUUGAGACAAGGUACAGUUAUUGCCCACCUCAACUUGUCCUGCAUUAUGUGUUUUCACUGUUGCACAAAUUAGGCCUCUAUACUGUUGAAUUUGAUCAAAAAACAAAGUACAAGCAUAGCCCUUUUCAGGUAUCCCAAUCCCCACUCUUGUACACUCUCAAUUUUUCUCAAUCGCAUAUCACCCACUGCAAGUAGGUAGAGAACACAAUUAUAUAUAGUGAAUCCCACUCAAAUUCAUAGCGGGUGAUCUACUGCUGAGAAAAAUUAUACUCGACGAGAGGAUCUAAAUUUCUAUUUCAAGACGUUCAAUGAAAUAGGUCGAGAGGAACAAUGAACUUGUCACGAGUCUCAUGACUAAAGAAGAUUUGUUGGCACGAAAUUGAAGGGGAGUUAUCUUAUAUCAGUGGUUUCUUG